UGACUAUCAAAGUAAGUCACUAUCAAUCAAUUCAUCAUCAUCAUCAUCACCAUCACAAACCAAUCAAACACUUUUGUCUACUUUCAAUUCCAUCAGAAUAUCAAAAUAAAUCACACUUAAUCAUGGUAAAAGGUGUUGGAGUUAACCAAGCAUGCAUUGAAGAGUUCAUGAACUUGAAACUUAAAAAGAAGACGAAAUACAUUGUCUUCACUCUCUCUGAUAAUAAAACUGAAAUCCAAGUAGAAAAAACUUCAGAGAGUCAAGAUUAUGAUGAUUUCUUAGGCGAUUUACCUGGAGAAGCUUGUCGUUAUGCAGUUUAUGAUUUCGAAUUUGAAUCAGGUGAAGGCAAAAGGAACAAGUUAUGCUUUUAUGCAUGGUCUCCUGAUAAUGCACCUAUCAAGAAUAAGAUGUUAUACGCUUCAUCAAAGGAUGCUCUUCGUCGCUCCUUAGUGGGUAUCGGGGUAGAAAUACAAGGUACAGACUUGAGUGAAGUCUCCUUUGAAAGUGUUCUCGAGAAAGCCACCAGGCGAUAAAUUGUUCAAACUAGUGUAAAUGGUUUAAGUUGAUUGAUACUUGGGUCUUAUCGUAAAAGUCCCUUUGUUGUAUGAACAAUUUAUGAAAAACCUUACUAUUCCAGUAGUGUUUCUAAGGCUUUGACUGUAGUUCAAACUCUUAAACUCAUCCUUUUGUUUUGGAUCACGAUUUCGACAUCAGAAGAAUUUACAAUAUCAUCAGUAUCUGAGUGGUCUUCUCAUUUCAUGCUAUCAGUAAUCU